CCCAUAUAUAAAUACGCAUAUCACAUUGUGAACUCUCUCACCUUCACCCUUUGUAUGUUUUCCAUUCGUUCUCCGCAUUCAGUUUCAUCUCCCAGAAAAAUAAAAAGGAUUUUUUUCUUUGAAUUUUUUUCAAAGUGAGAAACUUAGCUGCUAAAGAUUUUGUCUUCUCUCUUAUCAUCUGAGCUUGUUGCGGGGGACUCUGCAGUUCGCGCACUUCACAAUCACUCUGAUUGGCCUCUACGGGGGUGAUCUGUGUGCAAUUUGGGGCUGGAAAUCUUGCUUGUGAUUGAUGCCUUUGUGAAUUCCCAUCGGAAUGAAGAGGUCUAGGGAUGAUGUUUACACGAGUUCACAACUCAAACGGCCUAUGGUGUCUUCUAGAGGAGAACCAUCGGGGCAGCCACAGAUGAUGAGUGGUGGUGGUCAGAGACUAACCACUAAUGAUGCCUUGGCAUAUCUCAAGGCAGUAAAGGACAUGUUUCAAGAUAAGAGGGAAAAGUAUGAUGACUUUCUGGAAGUCAUGAAGGAUUUCAAGGCUCAAAGAAUUGAUACAACAGGUGUCAUAGAAAGAGUGAAGGAGCUGUUUAAAGGGCACAAAGAUCUAAUUUUAGGAUUUAACACCUUUUUGCCCAAGGGAUAUGAAAUUACCCUUCCGUUGGAAGAUGAACAACCUACACAAAAGAAGCCUGUUGAAUUUGCAGAAGCCAUAAAUUUUGUGGGCAAGAUUAAGAAUCGUUUUCAAGGCAAUGACCGUGUUUAUAAGUCAUUUCUAGACAUAUUAAAUAUGUACAGAAAAGAAACAAAGUCUAUCACUGAGGUUUACCAGGAGGUUGCUUCACUUUUCCAGGACCAUGCAGAUCUUCUUGAGGAGUUUACUCAUUUUCUUCCUGAUACUUCAGGAACAGCCUCUACUCAUUAUGCUUCUGCCCGAAAUUCUCUCCUUCGUGAUAGGAGCUCUGCAAUGCCAACAGUGAGGCAAAUGCAUGUUGAAAAGAGAGAAAGAACCAUAGCUUCACAUGGUGAUCGUGACCUCAGUGCUGAUCAUCCUGAUCCAGAACUUGACAGAUUUUUUAUUAGGGCUGAUAAGGAUCAGAGGAGGCGUGGUGAGAAGGAAAAGGACCGUAGAGAAGAGAGAGACAGGAGGCAACGGGAAAGAGAUGAUAGAGAUUAUGAUCAUGAUGGUAAUAGGGAGAAUUUAUCUCACAAGCAGAAAUCUGGUUGUAAAGCUGAAGACUGUGGUGCUGAAACAUUGCAUGAUACUGACGAAAAUUUUGGCAUGCACCCUAUCUCAACUGCUUGUGAAGAUAAAAGUUCUGUGAAAAGUAUGUACAGUUCAGUGCUUGGUUACCUUGACAAAGUGAAGGAGAAAUUACGGAAUCCUGAGGAUUACCAGGAAUUUUUGAAGUGCCUAAAUAUCUACAGCAAGGAAAUAAUUGCCCGACAUGAAUUGCAAUCAUUGGUGGGCAAUUUACUGGGAAAAUAUGCUGAUAUAAUGGAGGGAUUUGAUGAAUUUUUGACUCAAUGUGAGAAGAAUGAAGGAUUCCUUCCUGGUCUCCUGAAAAAAAGACAUGGACCAAAACCGAUGAAUGCAGAGGUCAGGGAUCGAGAUCGUGAUAGGGAUGAUAGGAUGAAAGAAAGGGAUCGUGAA